CUAAAGCUUGCUGCUGUACCCUUGCUUCUUGUUGCAGUUGAACCCUGAUAAGAAAUGGCCCUCGCCGCCAGGCGCAUGUCGAUCACGCAUCAGCAUGUCUUUCAUGUAGCCCGGGCGUCCGUUCCCCGGCGGCUUUCUGUUUGUGUUCGGGCUGCUGAGGAGAAGGCUCCUGCCGUAGUGGGCAAGGCAGUCCUUGUCGACCAGAUCGCAAAGGAGGCGGAGAUAACGAAGGCGCAGGCUACAAAGGCUUUUGAUUCUCUUUUCAACGCCGUCCAAGAGGCAGUCACCUCUGGCAAGAGAGUGACGGUUCUUGGAUUCGGCACUUUCGAGUCGCGUCUCCGAAAGGAAAAGAAUGGACGCAACCCGCGUACCGGAGAAACGAUUACGAUCCCUGCUGCAACGGCCCCCGCUUUCCGGGCGUCAGUCAGCUUCAAGGAGAAGGUGAAUGGCAAAGUGGCUCCGCCCAAGGCUAAGCCUGCUGCUCCUAAGCCCGCUACGCCAAAGCCGGCAGCCGCCCCUACGCCAAGACCUGUGACCCCUAGAACUCCGCCGGCUGCUGCCGCCAAGAAGGUCGCUGCGCCGCUUCCUGCGCAGCUUCCGAGGACGAAGAAAUGAUUGGGUUGACCGUGUUGUGUAGGCUGAAAUCCGGCUCUGAUAUGCCCUUGUCUCGUGGGGGCGUGUGCAGAUCUGGACGCAUUUUGUGGCGUUGGCGGGACUGGGCCGUAUACUUCCGCUUGGUUACAACCGUUUGCGAGCAUACAAUGUCCACAGUCGUGGCCUGUGUUUUGCGGACUUGCUAUCAAGCAUAUUGAAUGAAAUUGAUUUGCAGUGGCAAGCGGCCUGAAGCUUAUUCUACAGUCUUAACGAUGCUGGGUGUAUGUGUGAAGCGAUACAUGUGGACAUUGCAAACCUGCUUAAUGUGCGUUAUACUUUUCUGAACUGGCUCGCAAAGUGCUUUUUAUGUUUGUUUUAUUUUACGCAACUGGGAGCUUAAGCCACCCCAAGUGCUAGGCCAAGUGCUAUUUCUCGGGCGCAGCGGCACGUGGCUUUUUCCUCGGCAUCCAGUGUCUUUAAACCCGCACCGCCACCCGCUAAUUUUACGUGUGCUCGCCUGUCCGCAUGCUGUGGUUUACGCUUACACCUUGUUACCGGGUCAGAUCAUGGAAUUUUACGUGUGCGAACAAAA